AUGGUCGCCUUCAGCUCAGUUGACACUCUGCAGAUUCAGUGUUAUCAGUGUGAGGAGAUUCGGCAAGAUGACUGCUCAUCACCAGAAUUCAUCGUUAACUGCACUGUUAAUGUGCAGGACAUGUGCCAGAAGGAAGUACUUAUCAUGGAGGAUGGUGUACACUACAGGAAGUCAUGUGCAUCAUCUGGUGCAUGUCUGAUUGCAUCAUCAGGCUAUCAGCAGUUCUGUACCGGGAAGCUCAACUCUGUCUGCAUCACCUGCUGUAACACACCGCUUUGUAACGGGCCACGCCACAGACGCCGCCCACCCGGAUCUCCUGCCCCACCCCUCCUCCUCUUGCCCCUCUCACUUCUGUUCAGCUCCACCCUCCUGUCGUUGUCUUUCUCUCACUGUCUGUCUCUCCACUGGUCUGUCUCGCCCAAUGAUGCUUCAACUCUGCACACUUGCUGUCUGUAAAUCACUUACACCCAACACUUCAAAAUUGUCUCACUCUUCCUGUCUCUCUCUCUGCUUACAAUUAAAUUUAAUUUCUCCCCGGCCUAUAUCAGUCUCUCUCUCUCUCUCUCUCUCUCUCUCUCUCUCUCUCUCUCUCUCUCUCUCUCUCUCUCUCUCCCUCCCUCUCUCUCCUGAUACACACUUAAACUGAAUUUAUGCCAGUCAAAUAUUAAAGGUCACAUCCUUUUCUCAGUCUUUCACCCUUUCUAACUUUCAAUUUUACUCUCUGUCGCUCUCUCCCUCUUUCUCUCUCUCUCUCCCUCUCUCUCUCUUUCUCCCUGACUGUCUCUUUCUCUCUUUCUUUUUUUUCUCUGUGAUUCUCUGUAUCUCAUGUAUCUUUUAUGGUUUUAACUGAACAAACUGUUUUUCUUUUCCUGUGUCUGUGCAGUAAACAGACAGGAUGCUAGUAUUGGUUGGUUUAUACAGGAUGUGCAGGUUUAUACUCCACAUAACUCCAUAAACUAAUUACCAUGUUGCACAUGUUCCUUUUGAAAUAAAUAAACCAAUAAAUCCGUCUGUUUAUGACAGUUUAUUUACAAACUCUAACCCUUUCUAACUUCUAAUUUUACUCUCUCUCUCUGUUAGUGUGUGUAUGAUAUAGAUAUUGUUUCACUAGUAACUUAGACCAUGUCGUUCCCAACUCUCUCUCUCUUUCAAACUCUCUCUGUCUUCACAUCUGUAGUGCUGUAUGUAUGUGGUAAGGCAAGGAUCUCUAGACAGAAACUCUGCUAGAGACCCUGAGGGCUUCAUUAGGAGAGACU